GCAUGCAUUUGCAGCAGGUGAACUGUACCCACAAUGCAAAGGUAUGUUAGCUGCUUUCAAGCUUCGCAGCCAGACUGUGGGCUCAAAACAACAACAGGCUACUUUGUAGGGACAGCAGCUGCAUGGAUAGCCCAGAACCCCGAGUCUAUAGUCAUAUUUUCUUCAAAUCGAAAUACACCCUGGCUUUAUAAUGUAAGUGUCGUUAAAGUAGGGGGUUUUUCAUCGGCUAAAGCAAAGUUAAUUUAGUGUUUUGGGGUAAAACUGUGCGAAAGCUUGCUAGCUAGCACGCUAGCUCCCUGCGUCUCUAUGUUCGAGUGUCUUCCGGCAGCAGUGGCGGCAGCAGCGGUGCCAUGAACAGUGGACUUCCACCCUCAGCUGCUCCGCUCGGGGGUGCCGGAUUACCUAAUGUUAAGGUGAAGUUUUGUCGCUACUACGCGAAGGACAAAACGUGCUUUUAUGGAGACGAAUGUCAGUUUCUACACGAGGAUCCGUCCUUGGCAAAUCUGCCUCUGCACGGCGGCGGGGGUAGCCCGGUUCCCUUGUCGAUGGCCGGGAGCGGGGGGACGCCAGCGGUGUACUCAAUUGGCGGCACGGCGACAGUCAGCGGAGGGACUGUGGUGUCAAAGAAAAGCGAAACGGUGGGGCCUGCGGGCACGUCCCUGGAAGGGCAGCUGCUAACCAUCCCAGGGAUGGAGGGUGCCACUCUGAGUGAUGCCAACCUUAACAACUCCUACUUCAGCAGCAGCUUUAUUGGGGUCAAUGGGUUUGGAAGCCCAGCAGAAUCAAAAUACUCAAUGAUGCAGCGAAUGACCACCAGCAGCAGCUCUCCCAGCCUCCUCAAUGAUGGUGCCAAGAACUUCAGCCACAGCACUCAUGAUCCAGUGAACUCUUCAACAUCCUCACUGUUCAGUGAUUUUGGUGCUCUUAGUAUUUCCCAAAGGAGAAAGGCUCCUAACCCAGCAGCAAGUGAAUUCAUCCCCAAGGGAACCCCUCGAAUGGCUACAAUGGUCCAGUCCGCCGUUCCGGCCUUCCCCUCGCCUCUCUUCGCACAUCCUGGUCUUGGCAGCUCCUCAGCUUUGGGUCCUGGCAUGUCUUUAUCAGCAGGAUCCUCUCCGCUUCAUUCACCAAAAAUUACACCUCACACCUCACCUGCUCCUCGCCGACGCAGUCACACCCCAAACCCAGCCAACUACAUGGUGCCCACCACAGCCUCCGAUCAGGGCGCACACAUCAUUCAGAAAGAGACUGUGGGGGGGACCACUUACUUCUACACAGACAACACCCCCGCACCGAUGACUGGAAUGGUGUUUCCUACCUACCACAUAUAUCCCUCCAAUCCGCCCAACGUGGCCUACAUGCAGCCAAAAGCCAACGCCCCGUCCUUCUUCAUGGCCGAUGAGCUUCGACAGGAGUUGAUUAACAGACAUCUCAUAACCAUGGUGCAAAUUGACCACUCAGAAAACCCAGAUGUACCGUCUGAGGUGGACAGCUACCACAGCCUGUUUCCUCUGGAACCCCUCCCUCCACCAAACCGCAUGCAGAAGACCAGCAAUUUCAGCUACAUUACCUCCUGCUAUAAAGCAGUCAACAGCAAGGAUGACAUGCCUUAUUGUCUGAGGAGAAUACAUGGUUUCCGCCUUGUUAACACCAAAUGCAUGAUGCUGGUGGACAUGUGGAAGAAGAUUCAGCAUUCAAACACUGUAACGCUGAGGGAGGUCUUCACCACUAAGGCCUUUGGAGACCAUUCGCUGGUCUUCUCCUACGACUUCCACGCAGGUGCAGAAACGAUGUUCAGCAGACAUUUCAAUGACCCUUCAGCAGAUUCUUACUUCACGAAGAGGAAGUGGGGGCAACACGAGCCACCUCAACCGCGGCAGCAUGCAGGCCUGCUACCCGAGUCCCUCAUCUGGGCCUACAUUGUCCAGCUCAGCUCUGCGCUGCGCACCAUCCACACUGCUGGCUUGGCCUGUCGGGUCAUGGACCCCAGCAAAAUUCUUAUCACUGGCAAGACAAGGUUACGGGUGAACUGCGUCGGGGUUUUUGAUGUUUUGACGUUUGACAACAGUCAGAGCAAUCAUCUCGCCCUGAUGCCACAGUACCAGCAAGCAGAUCUCGUGUCUCUGGGCAAGGUGGUCCUGGCUUUGGCCUGUAACUCUCUGGCUGGAAUUCAAAGGGAGAAUCUCCAAAAGGCGAUGGAGCUGGUGUCUUUAAACUACUCCUCCGACCUCAAGAAUCUCAUCCUGUACCUUCUGUCCGAGCAGUCACGCCUGCGAAGUGUCAAUGACAUCAUGCCCAUGAUCGGAGCGCGCUUUUACACCCAGCUGGACGCUUCACAGAUGAGGAAUGAUGUAAUUGAGGAGGACCUGGCCAAAGAGGUGCAAAAUGGCCGUCUCUUCCGCCUCCUUGCCAAAUUGGGCACCAUAAACGAGCGGCCAGAGUUUCAGAAGGACCCGACGUGGUCCGAGACGGGAGACCGCUACCUGUUAAAGCUUUUUCGAGAUCACCUGUUUCACCAGGUGACUGAAACGGGGUCGCCCUGGAUCGACCUCAGCCACAUCGUCUCCUGCCUCAACAAACUGGAUGCAGGCGUUCCCGAGAAGAUCAGCCUGGUCUCGCGAGACGAAAAAAGCGUCCUGGUUGUGACUUACUCGGACUUGAAGCGCUGCUUCGACAGUACCUUCCAGGAGCUGCAGGCUGCCGCCGCUGGUUCUCUGUAGCGCCCCCUUUGGGCCCAGGAGUGGCACUGCCCAGACCUGGAGCAUUCUAUUGCACUACGGCGGAGGACCAGGCUCAUGGACAACAUCAGCACAGGCAUCAGGGCUUCUGAACCUCAGUCACUUACACUGAUCCCUGUCCACCAGAGAGGCUUUUCUAAAGUUUUUUUUUUUUUUUUUUUUUUUUUUUUUUAAGUUUUCUUGAAACUUGCAGACACAUUUGAAAAAAGAAAAAAAAAAGAAAAAGGACUGAGAUGGAAGCUGUGAUGUACAACCUUUUUUUAGCUUUGGGAACAGAACGAGAAACAAAAAUUAAGGUUUUGAAGUUUUUCCUGCUUUUAUUGUUUGUUUCUACAGUUGGGGUAUUUUUUUUUUUUUUUGAGGAUGCACUAAAAUUUAAAUUUUUUGUUAAUUUUUUUUAUGUGUGAAUGGCCUACAGGGUGCACAGAGAGCUACAGUCACACGGACUAGGAACCGGACUCUCCAUGUAAAGAAACCACAGAAAGUUUAACGUUUCUAUUGACUGCCUGUUUGAGACCACACCCCCUUCAUUCGAACGCACUCGGAGAUGGGACACGCCACUCAUAAUGAUGGAAUGGAACCUGUUUGACACAAUGGGCCACCAUUGGUGGUUCUGCUCAAGAGAGGACAAAUCACUCAGGUGGUUGGAUGAGAAUUUUUUUCUGAAGAUUUAAACACUUUUCUUGGUUGGUGCAUCGACUGGGGACCAGGAACUGGCAGGAAGGGGGGGUGUCUCCUAAUGAGAUGUUACGUACGGAGCAACCACCUUUACUGAUGCUGAAUCAAACGCUCUAGGAUGGGUCAUUUCGGGUUUACUGUCCAGCCCCUGGCUUCGGCCUUUUUAGUGAGGCUUCUCUAAAAGUGGAGCCACAGCUGCCUCUUUGUGGAAUGUCCUUUUGUCCCACAGCCAUCCUCUCACUUCCACCACGCCCGAUCUGUCUCCUACUCUCCUUUCUUACGCGUCUUGUUGUUCCAAUUUACUUCCCCUCUAUGAGACAACAUUUUAAGGAAAAGUGAUGCUUUUUGAGACUUUUUACCAGCUGCUUUUUCUCUUUGCUCCGCUUCUGUGCAGAAAUGCACAACAAAAUAAAAGCGAGCAGAUCCUUUUUUUUUUUUUUCAUUUUUGAUCUUUAUUAUUCUGUGGACCAAUCCCAGCAGGGUUUUAAGUUAAAAAGGGGGAAGGGACUUUGGGUGGAGGAGGAUGGGGGGACAUCAACUGUUGUUUUAUUUGACUUUUUAAGAUCAUGAAAUUCAAACAUGCUGUAGGCGAAGCACUGGCGCUGGCCGUGACACUGACUCCGAUGGCAUGGAUUUCUCUCAGGAUGAUGGACAACUGGAGGGGCCCAAUGAUUGAAUGUGUUUGGCCGUCAUUGGCUGCCGCCUGUCCAGUCGAAUCGAGGAGGUGGAGUGGGUGGGUGGGGCGGAUGGAGGUUUUAGGGCGUCGAUGACAGGUCGAAGGCAUUGCUUGGAUCAUGUUUCUGAGGGGAUUUCAUGUUGCCUUGAAGCACAGAUAAAUUUUUACAAAUGGAAUAACUGUUGAAAUCAGCCGGACUGCAGAUUAAUUCCUUUCCCUUUGUCUUAUUAAGAAUGUGUCUUCACAAAGGGUCACAAUUAGCAGAGCUAUGAUGGAGCUGUCGUGGUUACAUUUUCUUCAAAGAUCUGUUAUUGAAUGCAACAUAACUGCAGGUAACAUUUGUGUUGGAUGGUGAACUUCUCUGUUUUAGUCCAAAUCAGCCGCCUUGGUGGAUGUAGUGCUUUAGAAACCCCCCCAAACACACAAAGGCAUGCCCCUCGACGCCGCCGACUCCACGUCAGUGCUCAUAUCACUGUAGUCCACAUCAUGGCACACACUCCACUUUGUAUUAUUGACCACCUUUCCACAGAAAAACACCUGAAAUCACCAUCUUACUAUAUCAAUUUUUUUCUUUGCCCCACUUAUGUUCUUGUCUCAAAUUUUGCAACAUUUGUGUGUACAGCAGUAUUUUAAUAAAGAAUAUGAAAACUGGUA